UGUGAAAGCUUCCCUAAAAAUGCAUCAGGUCAUCCACACCGCAGAGAGACCGUUCAGCUGUGGAGACUGUGGAAAGUCUUUUACCACGUCUGGAAGCUUAAAAACACACCAACUAAUCCACACCGGAGAGAGACUGUUCAGCUGUGGAGACUGUGGAGAGUCUUUUACCCACUCUGGAAGCUUAAAAACACACCAACUCAUCCACACUGGAGAGAGACCGUUCAGCUGUGACGAGUGUGGAAAGUCUUUUACGCAGUCUGGAAAUUUAAAAACACACAAACUCAUCCACAGUGGAGAGAGACCGUUCAGCUGUGAUGAGUGUGGAAAGUCUUUUACCCACUCUGGAAGCUUAAAAACACACCAACUCAUCCACACCGGAGAGAGACCAUUCAGCUGUGGAGACUGUGGAAAGUCUUUUACCACGUCUGGAAGCUUAAAAACACACAAACUCAUCCACACUGGAGAGAGACCGUUCAGCUGUGAUGAGUGUGGAAAGUCUUUUACCCACUCUGGAAGCUUAAAAACACACCAACUCAUCCACACCGGAGAGAGACCAUUCAGCUGUGGAGACUGUGGAAAGUCUUUUAUCCACUCUGGAAGCUUAAAAACACACAAACUCAUCCACACUGGAGAGAGACCGUUCAGCUGUGACGAGUGUGGAAAGUUUUUUACCACGUCUGGAAGCUUAAAAUCACAUCAACUCAUCCACAGUGGAGUUAAAGCGUACACCUGUGAUCAGUGUGGCAGAGCUUUUACUCACAGUAACAGCUUACAGAAUCAUCUAGUUACCCACUCUGGCAUUAAGGCGUACAGCUGUGACAUUUGUGGAAAAACUUUCAGCCGGAUAGGGAGCCGAAACAUUCACCUACGCAUUCACACCAGACAUGAUGUGUACAGCUGUGAUCAGUGUGCCCGACUGUUUGAAACAACUCUGCUCAUCAAAGUGUGUUAG